AUGAGGCAGCGGCGUUGCAGGCACCUCCUGGUGCAGCUGGAGCAGGUGCUGCAGCUGCUGGAGCUCAGCAGCAGCGUCGAGGAAGACUACAUCCAGAUUGUGCGAGGCUUCGAGGCGAUACGGCAGAAAUGCUGCCGCCUGGAGCAGGACCAGCGGUGGGCCCGCGAGCAGCUGGCCUGCGCCGAGGCCGAGCGCGCCGUGCUCGAGGUGAAGCUCAAGCACGCCCGCAACCAGGUGGAGGUGGAGAUGAAGAAGCGGCACCGGGCAGAAGCUGAGCUGGAGAGACAGGAGCGCAGGCUUCAGCUGAUCUUCGAGCUGCUGCUGCAGGAGCCGUCGGGCAGCGCCAUCCUGGGUGCUGAGCAGCGCUCCAUCCUCAGCACCCUGGCAGGCCGGCACGUCAGGAGGACCCUGGCACCGGGCAGGAGGUCAUCAGCAGUGGAUGAGUCGUGCCAGUCGCUGCUGUCCCACUCGGACAUCAGCUAUGACCGCACUGAUGAUGAUGUGGAUGUUGACACAACGGUGGUGAAGACCCUGAAGCGCAAAGCUCAGGAGAGGCAGCGGGUGUCCCUGGCCCCUCAGAUUGGCCCCGUGGUGGCGGCAAAGCGGCACCGUCCUUCAGUGACACCCCUGGAUGCUGUGAGUAAGGACCUGGCGACUAUCCCCACCGCCCCGGUGCCGCCUGCCGCCCCGGUGCCACCCGCCGUCCCAGUGCCGCGCCGCCGCUCCCGCCAAGGACAGCGCCUCUCCACACGUGCAGGUCGCCCUCCACCACCUCCUCUCCCGGCAGAGCUGACCGCAGUGUGGGGCAGCAGCGAGGACCAGGGCCGCUCUGCACCCGGGCAGGAGAGCCGCCCCGAGGACAGCUCUGCAGGGCCGCCUGCGCCCGCCCCUGCCCCCUCUCCUCCCCGGGGCCCCCCACCAUUGCAGCAUCAGUUCACCUCCAAAACGAUCAUCCGCCCGGAGCCGUGUGCGGUGUGCGGCUCCCGCAUCCGCUUCGGCAAGGCGGCCUGCAAGUGCUGCCGCUGCCAGCUGCUGGUGCACGCCAAGUGCCGCGAGCAGCGCCCCGGCCCCUGCGUGCCCGGCCUGCGCCCGCGCGCCUGGCCCCGGCAGGGUGUCCUGGCGGACUUUGCGCCCUCCGUGCCGCCCCUGGUGCCCGCCCUGGUGGUGCAGUGCGUGACUGAGGUGGAGACGCGAGGCUUGGCGGAGACGGGGCUGUACCGGGUCCCGGGAGCGGAGCAGCUGGUGCGGGAGUGGAAGCAGCGGCUGCUGCGGGCCGGGGAGGCGCCGCCGGCGCUGGGCGCCGUGGCCGACGUGCACGUGCUGUGCGGGGUGCUCAAGGACUUCCUGCGGGGCCUCCAGGAGCCGCUGGUGACGUUCAGCCUGCACGCGGCCUUCCUGCAGGCCGCCGACAUCCCGGACGAGGCCGCCUGCAGCGCGGCGCUGUGCCACGUGGUCACCAAGCUGCCCCCUGCCAACAGGGACACGCUGGCCUUCCUCAUGCUGCACCUGCUCAGGGUGUCCUGCAGCCCUGCCUGCAAGAUGGACGUGCUGAACCUGUCGCGGGUGUUCGGGCCCACGCUGGUGGGGCACGGCUGUGCCAACCCCACGCCGCUCGCCAUCAUGGAGGACACGCCGCGGCAGUGCAAGGUGGUGGCUCGGCUGCUCUCACUGCCGCCUGACUUCUGGAGCCGCUUCGUGGGCACGGAGCGGGACACCCUGGCCAGCCUGGCCCCGGGCAGCGAGCGCGAUUGCCGUCCCGCUGAGCCGCUCUGCGCCAUGCCCUCCGCAGCGCCCACCACGGGGCGGCUGAGCCCCGCCGGGACCUGCUGCCUCCCCGGCACGCUGCGCAGCUGCGUGGGCCCGGCCCGCUCCCCGCAGGGGCCUGCCCCGAGGAAAGCGGGGAGGUUCUUCCUCUCCCCCGUGUAG